AUGAUUCCAAGGCGGUCCUCAAUGCCUUUGAUCCCACCAAGGACCUUUGGCGCCCCGGCCUGGUACACGGGAUGGCCCAAGGAACAGGUGAACAACUUUCACUUUUGGCAUUGCCCAAUGAUUAGGUACACAACGGUUGGCGAAAAGAAAGAGCAGCAUUUUGAUAAAUUGUAUGUGCUGGACCAUGACGUUCUGGAGAACGGGAGCAACCCACUGGCAUUCUCUUGGCCAGCAAAGGCCUUCUCGAAAAUCGAUCCGGUUAAGGUGCCAAAGUUGGAGGUGUGGUUGACAAACGAGGAGCUUGAGCAGGAUUGA